UUCAGAGCAAUGAAAAAUAACUUUUUUCCAAGUGUUUUUGGUGCCCUGGCACCAUGCUACUCUGGGCAGAGGGCCCCAUGUCAAAAACACUCAUUGGACCACAUGAAUUUAACUUUGUGUUUUAAAUGUCUCUGUAAGUUUCCUAGAUCAUUUUUUGUUUUGUUUUUUGACGUACUUUAGAGCUUGUAGCAAUUUAUGUGUGUGUGUAUAUGUAGUUUUUGUUGCGUUGGACCCUGGGUCGGUACUCGGUACCACCCUAGACUCCCCCUAGAAAUCCGCUCCGGGUUUUCUGACCGUCCCGGCGAUGUCCAACUGUCACCGUCUGUUACUCCUGGAGGAGAGGCGGGUAAAAUGUAAACACUGGUCCCUUCACCAUGGAGACUUUUUUAGUUGUUGCUCGCCAGACGUCAUUGUUUCUUUCUCAUUAAACCGGAAACCUUUAUCAGCCUAUGUAGUGUUACUGAAUGUUGGUCUUUCAAGCUGAAUAGUUGGCUUUUAAACGAAUAAACCCACCAACAGCGAACGUUAUGUUAGCUAAGUUAGCUAGCUGCUGCUAGCUAGUGUCAGCUAGCGGUAGCAAACGUUAUUGAUUUAAUUUAGCUCUGUAAAUACUUUUAGUCGCCUAUUGGUGCGUCCUCAUGCAUCUUGAUGGAGAACUACGCAGAGUUUGCGCAGCGUUGUCUUUCUAAACUGAAGGAAAACGAGGAAGAAAAGGAGGGACACCGCAGAACCUUAUCAGCAUCCUCCCUGAUCCGCUUCUAUGGACGACCCAUCCUUCCUCCACUGCUCUCAGGGAAACAGAGAGAAGAGAUGAGGCGACACAGAGAUGAAGCACAGAAAGAUACAGCCAAGAAAAAGCUCAAGGAUGACCCCAGAAUGGCCUACGUGCAAACUAUCCUGCGCAGCGUACAGCUGAGAAAGACGCCAACCCUGCAGGAUUUACUUCAAGAAACAGAGAUUAAAGCCGAAUCUUCUUGCCUACAUAACACCAGCAGGUUCUCUGUGUCCUGCAGUGAUGUUUCUAAUAGAACCAGGGAUAGUCUUUCACCAGUACCUGUCAUGAAAGUAAAGAACGGUAUCUUUCUCCCUCCAAAGACUUCUACGGCAUACAGUGCCUUUUUUCCUUCAGAUAUACCGCCUCAGCAAAGUUACCACGAAUGGUCCCUUACUGACCUACUGGACAGCCAACAAGGAUCACACCCAUGUUCCUUUAAUGCUGCAAGCCACCAGUCGCUAUCUUCAGGCUAUGUGACCUGUGAGAAUCAGGAAAACACCACUGCUGUUUCUGGUAAGAUUGACUUCAGGACCACUGAAGAAAUGGACAACGUUGGUGGGUUUUUUCUUCACAACACCUCAGAUACAAUUGCCAAAAUGCCUGAUAUUGUUAGCCACCCUCCUAUAAAUGGUGAGGAAUUAGAGAGGACUGGACUGGAGUCAUUCUUUUGCAGUAACAUAAUGGGAGCAAAAGAUGUCUGCAGCACCUCAUUUCACAUUGAUUCAGAGAGAUGUGGUUCCCUAAGAGCUGAACAGCCUGAACUCAGUCAUCCACACAGUCUAAACAAAGAGGUCAACAUCUCCUUUACAGCCAGGCUAGACCCUGCCAGGAAUAGCAGCACAGAAAUAAAUGAUGGCUCACUUGCUUUUUCUGAAGAAAAUGGCCUGUCAGACGAUCCAGAUUUACAGCAGGCCUUAAAUCUGACAAAACAAGUCCAUGUUCAGAAAACCCCCAGCAAGGCAGAAGCAGAACCUGUAGACAAUCAAAUCAACAUAGCGGACUUAAAGGAACCCGAGGAGUUUCGUCCUCUAAGCCUUCAGGCCUUGCUAAAGAAGUCUCAGGAGUACCGGCGCUGCCAGCGGAUGCUCAGGAACCAAGCCAAAAGCACUAAAAUCCACCAGAAGAGAACCCAGGAGCAGCCAAGGGCCCAGGUGGAGGAGUCAAGCCUCUCUGAUAAGGAGAACGAUGAGUUAUAUCACAAGGGCGCUGUGACUGUAGAGGGCAAGAAAACUAAAGAAAUCAGAGGCUCCUUUAUCCAGUCAGUGGAACCCUCAGCACAGAAAUCCUGGGAGGCAAACAUAAUUCAGAGUGAAGUCACUGAAAGCAAAAAUGUAGUAGAAGAUGAGAAAACAAUGGAAAGUUUCAGCGUUGAAGAAGAAACAUCUUUAAAAAAUAAGCUAAACAGUUCUCAAGAAUUCAUAACGAUCCCUAAAAAGACUGGCGUUUUGAUUCAGCAGCAGCCAGGGUCAGUGAAAACACCCCUUAUCCAAGGAACGUUUUAUGAGACCCCCUGUCUUACAUCUUAUCUUGGAUGUGUUGGGAAAUACCGCUCUGUUCCAGUCCCAAACAUCUGUCUGAGUCCCGUUCCCUGCAAAAGUAAAGCAGUUGAUGCUGCAGGAACAUCAGAACCCAAAUUUGAUUCCAGUUCUGACUUCAAUGAAAUCAGAGUUAAGGACCUAAAGCAGAGGCCAACACCAGUUCCUUCUGCUGUGAAUCUCACGGUUGAAGACAAUGCCACAAGCGUGUUUGCCAAAAGUUCGCUGCACAUCGAUCAGCUCGAGUCAAAUUUGUGCAGUCUGAAGGUGCUGAUUUCAGAUCUGGAGUCCACAGUCAAAGAGAACUUGGACGAUCGCCGGCAACCUGACAGCAGCAUGCAAAGUGAAGAAAGCUUUGAGAGCAGUAAGGACUCUGAGCAAAUUGAAAACGCUGGUCAGGAUAACUCCUCUGGCUGUUUGAAGGACACACAGGGAGCUGAUGGCAAUGAAGUAGAUGAAUUACAGCAAAUACAAUCAUUCAUUCUGUUUAAGAAAAUGGAUAAAGAUGUGGGACCUGAACCAAGGACGUAUCGCAGAGAUGAUGUUUCCCUCACAGUACGGAACAGCGGGUCUGAAAUCAUUAAAUUAAGCAAACAAAGUCAGGCCUCAGCCACAAAACGAGAAAACAGAAACAAGAUGAGUGCAGAAGGAGGAGGCAAUACUAAUGCACAGCGUGAAAUUUGCAAAACGGAGCAACUACUUUCUAAAAGUAUGAUGUCUGUAGCACAGCAGAUGCGAAUACCUAGUAUUUUUCGAAAUGUUACCUCCAAAAACUUCCCACCUUGUCACAUUGCAGAUCAGGGUGCCCAUCUUAAGGAAAGAGAGGGAAAUAUAACUACUGAAGCUGAGGGCUCUGUCUGCUCACCAUCUCUUAAUCAGUCAUAUGAUGUGGACACACCAUCAGACCUUUGGUUCCAGGAAGGACCAGGAUCUGACCCUGGCUCACAAGGUAGUCAUGGUCAGGAGAAACAUCUGACUCCAGAGAGUGGGAGUGAAGAUCAAGUGGGGGUGUCUAAGGUCAAACGGAGACUGCUCAUGCAUGUGACCGAGGGGACCCUGGAGAAGAGUGACAUUACGAACCGAGAAGUGGACUCUAUGGCCACACCAAACCCCGGCAGCCCUACAGCUGCAGUGCAUUGGUCUGAAGGUGGUGGCAUUCAGAAGCAAGAGCAACUGAAACAGAUCCAUGCUGCUCAAGUCAGAGCCCUGCAAGAGGAGCACAGGAAGCAGCAGAAAGAACUUCUACAGGUGUUAGCAGCACGUUACCGUCUCCUGCAGGACGUGACUCCCCGCUCCACAUCAGGCUCUAGAUUUGGGGACACAUUGACCUUCUCCAGCCCCUGUCAGCCCCUGUGCCCAUUCUCGCAACCCUGCCACCCCCUGCUGGCUGCAGCCGUGAAGGGUUUUCUAACUCGCAGACUGCUGAGGACGGAGAGAGUGGAGCAGCUAGUGCGCACCAUCAGGGACACGCAGCAGUUCCUGCAAGUCUUCCAGCAGCAGAGCACCAGCAGAGGAGAGCGCUGCAGUAGGCAAGAUGUAAUAUUGCAGGAGAGAGUUGCUCUGCAGCUGCGCGCCGCCCGUUAUGAGGUUUACGACAUAUUCUUCGGUCUGUCAGCCAGAGAGCAGAUGCAGCUGAUCAGAUGGGACAGAGAGCUGGCCAAGGAGAGACAGCUCAGACGGCAGAGGUUCAUAGUGAACUUCAGUUUUUUAUAUUUAAAAUGAAUGUUAAGGAUUGGGAACUCUGGAAAGUUGACUCUGGAAAAGUCAAGAAUUUUUACUGGGGAUGCACUGAUGUGAAAAUAUGAGCCAAUAUCGAUAUAUCCGAUAUUAAUAUUAUUGUUAUGGCCGACAGCUGAUAUUUACCGACAUUUUACCAUACCCUUUCGACACAUUAAAAAAUUUACCACACCACUGAGGUUGCUUCUCUGCUUCAGUUAAACAGCCCACAAUCCUGCGCUGCAUGACUUUCAUCGUUACAUGGCCAAGCAUACACCACAUGGCCAACCUCCUCCCAUCCCCUCCCCUCCCACAACACAAACACAAACAGCAACAAGAUCGAAAUAAACAUCUGUUGUCAAUAUUGUCCAGUUUUACUGGGAAGGAUACCGAUAUAUAUGAUGCACCCCUAAUUUUUACAGAACAAAAUCAGUCUCUGAGUGUAUUAGCUAGAUAAUGUAGUUGCUCCUCUUUAGUCAGAUUUCACAAAGACUGGGAACAUUUCCAAGCCCAGCAGGUUCCAUGAUAGACAGAUGUUGAAAUCCUAAAGGAAUAAAACAAAGCACCAUUGCUGUACUUAUUUCAGCUUGCAUGUUAUCUGCUGAAAUUCUCACUAUUUCUCACAGCCUGGAUGAACCACAGACUUGUCUCUACAAGAUGUAUGAAUACAGUUUCCUUUUUAAAUAACUUCUUGUGUGUCCGUGCUUCCUCUGACUUUAUUUUAAACACCUUAAGAAUGUUGAAAGUCGCUAACUUUGAGUUUUCUGCUCUCAGUAACAGCAUCUAUGAUCAGACAAGGAUCGUUUUUUUUAACAAGAGUUUUUAACCAGCCGGACCAAUCAAGCAACUAAAUCUAACUUCACCGUUUCCAUGAACAUGUGUAUUUGAUUAGCAACCGGGUGCUAAAAAGCAUUUGGGUUUGAAGUAUUUUGUGUUUAACACACAACCAAAAAGAACCAAACAUUAGCCUGGUAAGGUUGUUAGGACAUUUUAUACAGUUUGAAGUUUUUCCAGGCCAAGCCGCCCCUCUCAGAACCCACGGGCUGAAUUUAAAAGCAAGCUUCAACCCAGAGUGGGUGAGGCCAGUAAGACAGUCACACGCAGGCAAUGUUUCUCCAGGUGUUUCCAGGCUCAUUCCAUGGUGCCGUUUUUAUUUUAAGUCAAGCUUCACUGUUUACUUAUUGUAGUUAUUAUCUCAUUAAGUGCAGCUGAAUGUAGUUUAAUGACAAUUUUUUGGUUUGUACAUUUUUCAUGACCUUUAACUCCUUUAAAGCAAGAAAUGUCAAGAACAUCCUGCUGGUCAGCAGUAGCUCAGAAUAGUAACAGAUGCAUCAAUUUAAGUCAUGCAUUAUAGCAUCAUAAUACACAUAAUAAUGUUGUUUUGUUUAGUGUGGGCUGUUUGUGAGCUUUUAGCAGUGUACAGUGUAGGGGGGGCUGACCUUGUCGGGUGUUUCAUUCAUUAGAGAAGAGGUUGCAGCAGGAUCACCCUGAAGUCAAACAUGCUGUGCUCAUAGAAACAGACAUGAACUCAUCAUCUCAGAUUUAACAGCAUAUCAGACCUUACGUUUAGAAGUUAAAUUUAGGAAUAGGCUUUAUAAGUAUAGCUGGUUAAACAGAUUGCAAUGAGGGAAUGUUUUCUCUCAACAUAUAUGGCACCAUGUAUUUUAGACAAAUGAAACCAAAGUAGAGAUAGCCACAAAGAAAACCAAACAAAACCAAUAAUUUACACCAUCUCACAAGCAUGGCGGUGGAGGGGUGAUAGUUUAAACGUCAGGGAGGCAGCAGUGCUGAAUCACCCCAAUGAACAAGGUAACAGAAACUUAGUGAAGAACUGAAUUACCCGUGUCCAUUGCGUUUAUUUUUCCCCCCUUUGAUCCAUCCUAUCUCUGCUGACCAAUGUGUGUGUGUGUGUGUUAAC